AUGUGUGGAAUUUUCGCGUGCCACCAUCACCCCGAUGUGCAGAAGUUCAAGCCCACAGCUUUGCGCAUGGCCAAGGCUGUGCGUCACCGCGGUCCCGACUGGAGCGGAAACUUCUGCGCCGAGAGCACCAUCCUGGCCCACGAGCGUCUGAGCAUUGUCGGCGUUGACUCUGGUGCCCAGCCCCUUGUCAACGAUGACGAGACCCUCGCCCUUGCCGUCAACGGUGAGAUCUACAACCACCGCACCAUCCGCAAGAACCUUCACCACAAGUACAACUUCAAGACCCACUCCGACUGUGAAGUUAUCAUCCCCUUGUACGAGGAAUACGGCCUCGAUGCCCCCAAGCACCUCGAUGGCAUGUUCUCUUGGGUCCUUUGGGACAAGAAGCAGGACCGUGUUGUUGCUGCCCGUGACCCCAUUGGUAUCACCAGUUUCUACCUCGGCCGCUCUUCCUCUACCCCCGGUGCUGUCUACUUUGCCUCCGAGCUGAAGUGUCUCCACCCCGUUUGCGACGACAUCAUCGCCUUCCCCCCGGCCACCGUUCCCUCCACCCCCGUCGACUACAAGGUUGUCCGCCACAGCCUGGAGAAGGCUGUCCGCAAGCGUCUGAUGGCCGAGGUCCCCUACGGUGUGCUCUUGUCCGGUGGCCUGGACUCCAGCUUGGUGGCUUCCAUCGCCCAGCGCGAGACUCUGCGCAUGGCCGAGGCUUCCCGCAAGGCUACCCAGACCGCUGAAGACGGCGAGCUGGUUGGCGUCGAUGACGACAACGAGCUGUCCACCGUCACCACCUUCCAGCAACUGCACUCGUUCUCCAUCGGUCUUCCCGGCGCCCCGGAUACCGAAGCUGCCCUUGAGGUUGCCCGUUUCCUUGGAACCAAGCACCACCCCUUCACUUUCACUGUCCAGGAUGGCCUCGACGCCCUCUCCGACGUGAUCUACCACCUCGAGACCUACGAUGUUACCACCAUCCGUGCCUCUACCCCCAUGUACCUGCUUUCUCGCAAGAUCAAGGCCAUGGGUGUCAAGAUGGUUCUGAGUGGUGAAGGUUCCGACGAGAUCUUCGGUGGUUACCUCUACUUCCACGCUGCUCCCAACAAGGAGGAGCUCCACAAGGAGACCGUCCGCCGUGUCAAGAACCUGCACUUGGCUGACUGCCUGCGCGCCAACAAGUCCACCUCCGCCUGGGGUCUUGAGGCCCGCGUGCCUUUCCUCGACAAGGAGUUCCUCGAGACCUGCAUGGGUGUUGACCCCCAGGACAAGAUGAUCACCAAGGAGCGUAUUGAGAAGCACAUGCUGCGCAAGGCCUUCGACACCACCGAUGAGCCCGAGACUGCUGCUUACCUUCCCGACAAGAUCCUUUGGCGCCAGAAGGAGCAGUUCAGUGACGGUGUUGGCUACAGCUGGAUCGACGGUCUCAAGGACGAGGCUGAGCGCCAGGUCACUGAUGAGAUGAUGAAGAACCCCAAGCCUGAGUGGGGCACCGAUGUCCCUGACACCAAGGAGGCAUACUGGUACCGCACCAUGUUCGACGAGCACUUCCCUCCCUACUGUGCCGGUACCGUCGAGCGCUGGACCCCCACCUGGUCCAAGCAGACCGACCCCAGUGGCAGAGCCAUCUCUUACCACAACAAGAAGUAUGACCAGGCCGAGUAA